GUCACAGUAGUUCUGACGUUAGAGUCGAGUAGUAGAUCAAAACAAAAUCGAGAAAAAACAAUAAAAAUGGCAUCAAACUUGGAACAGAUGUCAGUUCUGAAGAGAAUACCUUUUCCUGGGCACAUGAUUAAACCACGUUGGAAGUAUACAGGCGUAACAUCGCUGUCUGAACUUCAAGUGAAAACUUAUUUAAUCCAACAUCCAAAAGUCUUUGAAAACUUUGUGCUGGAAUCUAUUCCAGAAUCAAAAUUGGAAGAACUGUUACAAUUGAAGCGAGAUCGUCCUAACAUAGCAGCCAUUGGUGAACAAUCCAUUGCUCUACAGUCACUUUAUCUCAAGGAUCGCGUCAAAGAAAUAGCAGAGGUUUUAACCACCAGUUACAACGAAAAGGACCAACAACGACGCAUGGUAGAGACGACACACGUGUUAGGACGCGCCAUAAAUGCCAAUGAUUUUGCGUUUUACGUGCCAACACAUAAUGAAACCAUGUUGUCUCUAUACCAGAAUGGAGAAUUGGUACCUUGUGGUCCCGUGGGAAAAAAUCUUACUGUAGCUGCUCAUGCUGUGUUGGAAAAGAAGACUAUAGUUGUUCGAGAUUUGCAAAUGGACUCAAGAUUUCCAAAAGGAAUUAGUCCAAAGAGAAUGAAAGACUGCAGUGUUUUGUGUGUACCGGUGGUACUCCCUAGCGCAGAUACCGUUGGCGUGAUGGAGUUUACAAGGGAUCAGUUAAAACAGCCUUUCUCUGACGCUGAUGUGCAAGUUACCAAUGCAGUAGUUUCAUGGAUGGCGGCUUGUAUACAUGAAAACGGCCUCAAAAGAAUUCUAGACACACAACAUGAACUCAACGAAUUCUUACUGGAAAUUACCAAAGGGCUAUUCAAAGACAUAACAUGUGCUGACAAAGUUGCCAAAACCAUUCUUCAUUUCACCAAGGAUCUUUUAGAUGCAGACCGAUGUUCUAUGUAUGUAAUUGAUGAAGAACAGUCGAAGUCGUAUAUUGCUUACGAAGAUACUGGCACAAAGGGCGCAGAUGGAGAGGAAGUGUAUAAGAAAAGAAAAGUCCAUGAUCUUCAGAUCGAAGACAAAAUUGCAUGGGAGGUUAUCGAGAAAGGAAAGGUUAUUAACAUAUACAAUGCGUACGAUGACGCAAGGUUUGAUAAAGAAACAGACAAAAAGUCUGGAUAUUACACCAAACACAUUCUCUGUAUGCCCAUUCAUCAUAAGGACCAAAUUUUCGGCGUCACCAAAAUCGUCAAUUGUCUUCACCAUGACCAUUUCACAAAGGCAGACGAGGAAUAUUUUAGCCUCUUUUCCGAUUAUUGUGCUCUGGCUCUGCACUACAGUAGAAUCUAUAGUUUAUUGUACCAACAACAAACCAUUUAUAAAGUGGCGGUUGAUGUUUUGCAGUAUCACAUUGUUUGUGCAGAAGAAGAGGUGUUAUCACUUCAGCAGAAGCCUUACAUCGAAAACGAGGCUAUUCCAGACACCUUUUUCUCUCCAGAUUUCUAUGCUUAUUACCACGUAGAAAGUCUUCCUCGGCUCUUCAUAUACAUAGCGUCUGAUCUCUUUGGAGAAGAUACUUUUGAAAUGGAGAAACUAUGCCGGUUUAUUCUCACGGUCAGAAAGAACUAUCGACCUGUCACUUAUCAUAACUGGGAACAUGGAUUUCACGUUGCUCAUGCACUUUGGCAAAUGAUAAAAGCAAACGAAGACAUCUUUACUAAAUUCGAAAAGAUGGCUCUGAUAAUCGGCGGUAUAUGUCACGAUCUUGAUCAUAGGGGCUACAACAAUGAUUUCUUUCAAAAGCUAAAUCUUCCUUUGGCAUCUUUAUAUUCCACAUCUGUAAUGGAACAACAUCAUUACAAGCAGACAAUAACUAUACUCCAUACCGAUGGGCAAGAUAUUUUCUCGUUUCUAAAUGGGUCUCAAUAUAAAGAAAUGUUGGAACUUCUUCGCAAUCAUAUCAUUGCAACAGAUCUAGCCUUGUAUUUCCCUAAUCAGAAAGAAGCAAGCAAGCGUCUAGAGGAGGGAACGUUUGAUUUAAAUGACAAAACCGCUCGGGCAUGUUGUAAAGCUCUCAUGAUGACCGCUGCCGACUUAUGUGCUGUAGCAAAACCCUGGGACACACAGAUAGAAACAGUUGAUAGACUCUAUAACGAGUUUUAUCAACAAGGGGAUGAAGAAAAGAAGCAAGGAUUGACUCCGAUUCCAAUGAUGGAUCGCGAAAACAGCAAAGAUCAACCAAAACAACAAAUCGGUUUUAUAAACUUUAUUUGUAUUCCACUGUACAAUACACUGUCACAGAUCAUAGAUGGUGUUGAACCUUACGUUGAGGGAUGCUUGAUGAACAGAGAAAAGUGGACAGAGAAAUGUGAACAAGAAUGCUGAAAUAAAUCAAGCUUUAUGCAGCAAUACCGGAUCUAUAUAUUUUAAAUCAGAGACUUUUUUCUCUCUUCUUUUAAACCAGAAAUAUAUUCUUUCUGCAAAAAUUAAA